AUGAAAGGAACUCAAUUGGCUUGGUACGUCUUCGCACUAUUUGUGUCACUCACUCAUGCGCUCACAAAUGACAAACUUUAUAAAGAGGCCCAGAAGAACAAUGGCGUGAUCCAAUUGACAAACACCAACUUCCACAAGGUCCUUGGUGGGAAACGUGAUGCUCAUGUAGUAUUGCUUUUGACAGCUACAAAUCCACAGGUUGGAUGUACAUUAUGUAUUGAGUUUGAAUCAGAGUUUUCCCAGGUGGCUCAAUCUUGGCAACAGGACCACCCUAAAGGUCUUUCCUCUGACGGAGAGAGCGGCUUAUUCUUCGCCAGGGCUGAUUAUGAGCCUCGGAGAAAUGGUGAGGUAUUCACUCACUUUAAAGUGAACAAUGUACCAAGAGUUUUCGUCUUGCCUCCGGGAGACGAUAUGGAUCUAUUUAGAAUUAUGAACUUACCAGCAGAGAGUGGUGCUACUCGUGUCGCUUGGGUAAUACAAUCAUUGAGUGAACUCACCGGGUUUAAUGACUAUAAAAUGCAUGAACCGAUCAACUGGGGGUCAGUCAUUAUUACCUCUCUAUCCACAGCAAUCGUCACAUUCAUCGUUAAGAAGAAUACCGCAAUUGCCGCACGUGUAAUAACUUCUAAGGCUGUUUGGGGUGUCGGAACCGUCUUCGUCAUUGUUCUGUGGAUUUCAGGAUACAUGUUCAACAGUAUAAGAGGCAGUCAGUAUGCCGGGGUCUCUGCUGAUGGUUCUAAGGUUCUUUACUUUCUUGAGGGCCAACAACAAAACCAAUUUGGCGUUGAAACUCAAAUAGUCAGCGUCAUUUAUGGUGCAUUGAUUGCAAACAUUCUUUGCCUCAUCAAAUUUGUUCCAUACGCCAAGAAAUUCUAUGCUCACGACAGAAAUGGCAAGCCUACUCCCUCUAAAGCGAUCUUGAUCGAGCUUACACUAGCAUUAACAUUUUCUUCAUUCUUGUAUUUAUCCUACAGCGCUUUGGUUGCGGUUUUCAGAUUAAAGAGUGUUGGCUACCCGUUCAAGCUCUUCAAGUUUCCCUCCUUUUAA